AUUGGCAUUCACUAGCAACGGAGAGAAUCUUACGACACGCUGAAAAAGAUUUUCGUUUCAAACCGAAUUCAUAAUUCAAUCAACUUGUGAUUAUUUAAUUGUACGAUCGACCAUUGUGCUUAGAACUCUACUAUCAGGCGCCUAGUAACGCAUUAACUCAUCAAAGGCCAACGAGAUUGUCUUCUAUACCAGUGUGUAUAAAGGCACAGAGGCGUUUGCAAAUCAUAUCAGAUCGAGAAGUCGUUUGAACCAAUUGUCAAACCCAAAAUUUGAUCGAAAACAAAAACAAAACUUUGUGAAGAGACACGCAAUCAAACAACGCGAAGUGUGAAAGAAGAUAGAAGGUCCUGAAAAUCGCCGCUGAAAGAAAAAAUGAUGAAAUUAUUUGCUGCACUUUUGUUGUUGGCUGUUGCGGUCAACGCACAAAUGACAUGUCGCCUGGAACAGCAACGAAUACCGACCGAAUGGAUUGGUCUUAAUGACAAAACCGGACAAUGUUUGGAAGAAAUGCGCAAGCAAAUCCAAAUGGAAAUCAAUGCCUCCAACAUCUAUUUGGCCAUGGCUGCUCACUUCUCUCGUGAUGUGGUCAAUCGUCCCGGCUUCGCUGAACACUUCUUUAAAUCGGCUCGCGAGGAGCGUGAACAUGGCUCGAAACUCAUUGAAUACCUGUCCAUGCGUGGUCAAUUGACUGAGAGCGUCACCGACUUAAUUCAACUUAUUGAUGUUGACGUUAAAGUAGAAAGCGGUGCUGAUGCCCUCCGCCAAGCGCUCGAACUGGAAACCAAGGUCACCAAGAGCAUUCGCUCUUUGAUCAAGACCUGCGAGAAGUCACCCAACUGGUAUCACUUGGUCGACUGGCUAACCGGUGAAUUCUUGGAGGAACAACUUACCGGACAACGCGAUUUGGCUGGCAAGUUGAGCACUCUCUCGAAGAUGAUGGCCUCCCAGGGCGCUUUGGGCGAAUUCUUGUUCGAUAAGCAACUGUAAAUUACAUUCUUACCAAAUUCAACUCUAAACAUAGUCAUCAAAUGGUCAUUUUCUUCAUUAAAAGAAAGAAAAAAAAACUUGAAAUAACUUCGACCAUUCAGAGUGAAAGCCACAAGUGGCGUGAAGGGAGAGCUGUGCUUAUACAAACAAACUAAAUAAAUAAGUUAUGAAAUUACAUGUGUAUGGAUUGAAAUUAUGAAAAAUAGUAUUCUUUUUUGCAUUAUUGUGUUCUAUUACAAUAUUCUUAUAAAAAACUGUAUUAAAAAUCGGAAAUGAAAUCAAACUAUAGUUUCUAGUUUCUUCUAAAGAUUCAAAAUUGUUCAGAGCCUUCAAUUACUUAUCAUUUGCAUGAACUUCAAAUAAAUUACGGAAUUUUUAAGCACAGAAACAGUGAGGCAAUUAAAGCAUUUAAUUAUUUUAUUUUGAUUUUCAUUGGGCCAAAAAAAAAAGGUAACGGAUUUUUCAUUUCUUUAUAAAUAGCUUUCAUAUUCAUAAAAGUGCCAUUGAAUAAAACAUAUUAAUUUAUCUAAUGAAGUCUAUUUAAACAAAUUUAUAAUGCGUUCGCUAAGCAUCAUAAAUUAAUUUGCUAUUAGAGCUGAGCUGAGGAGAAAUAUUUCAAUUACUUUUUUUAUCACUACACAAAUUUGUAUGUGCGAACAAAUUAGUAAAUAAAUAAAAUGUGUCUACUACAAUUUAAAGUAGAUCAGAAUAAA